CACACCUGAGGGAACGAUAGAACGAGACGGUAAGAAGGAGCUACGAAGACGGCGGGUACAGAGCAGGCCUGGUCCAGCUCUCGUAAAACUCGUCUCGUGCCUGAGAAAUAGCUGGUGUUGAACUUGCCAACUUCCGGCCGAAAGGCAGUCGCUCUUCAUCCGCGUUCGCUGAUUUUUUUCAUAUCGAUCCUCUCUACACGCGGUGAUCCUCGCGGGAGUACGUUCGCGUUCUGGAGCAACCAAUACCACCGGAUUACUUUUCAGAGGACAAUGUUUCGCCCCGUGAGAGUGUAAUAUGCCGUGGAUCGGUUAGAAGAUGCAGUGUUUCGCGUGUAAAGCCAACGCUCCUCCACGUGUGCCAUCGCGGCUCCUUUAGACGCUCUUCGACGUUUCUUGGAAUAAUCGCGUCACGUCUUCGAAGUUGGUGAUUUCGAAUUCAUAGAUCAUGGGAACUAGAGCAGUCGCCGUGGGGGCGGCACCAGGAGCAGCAGGGGUAUCCGGCGAAGCAGGCUUAGCCGGUGUACCGAGACUUUUGGAGGACCUGGCCCGACUUUCCGAGGACAAAGAUACAGCUGACAUAGUAUUCCUUCUAGGACGGGACGAAACGCCGGUGUACGCUCACAGAAUUAUCUUAAAAGCAAGGUGCAAGAACUUCACGGCUGCGAAGAGGAUCGGGACACCCGGAAAUCCAACGCCAGUGCGUAUGCCACACGCUCAUUCAGAGACGUUUCGACAGUUCAUUCAUUACAUUUACACGGGCAAGAUUAUGCUGCAGGACAGUGGCAUUUUCGAGAUGCUAGGACUCGCUCACGAACUCGGUGUCGAAGAACUUCGAAGGAGUUGCGUGGAACACGUCUCCACUACUCUCAGCCCCGGAAACGCUUGUGCUCUUUUGACUGCGGCUUUGGAUGCCCAAGAGCGAGUUCCUAGUGGUAAAGGAGCUUGUUCUUCUUUCAUCGAGAGAUGCUUUACCUACAUAGGAGAAAAUGCUGUAGACAUAGUCAAAACAACAGCAUUUUGUAAUCUUCCAAAGGAUGCAUUGGUGAAGCUUAUAUCUUCAGACUAUCUGGGAUUGGAGGAAGAAGAUGUUUGGAGAGCGGUACUAAACUGGGCUAAAUAUCAGGCAGGGGUGACGCAGCCUACUCAACACUGGACAGAGGAGGAACGUGUGAGGGUUUGCCAACAUUUAUCGGGAGUGAUAAAUCAUGUUCGCCUGCUGCUAAUCGACAGUCAAGUCUUUGCGGAGGAAGUAGAACCGACGGGAGCGGUGCCCAUAGAACUUUCCUUGGAGAGGUACGAAUUUUUCAAUCCCGAUCGAUCAAGUGGCUCAAAACCCACAAGGUAUAGGUAUGCAGCGCUCCCGAACAAGUAUGCAGAAAUUUGCGCGGACAAACGGCUACAACCGAGAGUAAGUCCAUUACUGUUCCCUGGAUCACAAAUCUUAUCUAGAGAUAAGAUGGGCUUCCAACGUCUUCUGAAUCAGUGGUACGGAUCACCGAAACAGACUUGGCGUUUAGUGUACCGAGCCUCUAGUCAUGGUUACUCAGCAGCAUCGUUUCACCGGCAUUGCGAUGGAAUUUGCCCAACAUACGUAAUUGCAUUGGGAACUCGAGGAGAAAUUUGUGGGGGUUUCAGUGAUGCACCAUGGGGCAAGACAAAUGCUAAAGGACACUACAUCUUUUCAGAAAAAGCUUUCCUGUUUACAUUAACAAAUAACCAAGAUGUACCUCCAACAAAAUACGACAUCGUGAAGAAACCUUUUGCAAUUUGUUAUCACCCAGAUAUUGGACCAAUUUUUGGAGCGGGAGCCGAUUUACUCAUUUCUAGUAAUUGUAACGUGAAUAUGGAAAGCUAUAGUAAUCUUCCUCACAGCUAUGAAGGUGAACACGCUUCGAAUACUCUAUUGAUGGGAGACUAUCAUUUCUCUGUAGUAGAUUACGAAGUUUUUACCCCUAGCCAUCCAGUUCCCAAAUCCACUCAUUAACAACGUAUAAGUAUAUUUAAUUUCACGAGCUUGUACAUAUACGAUCGCAUACAUUUAUAAAAAUAAUAACUUUCAUACAACUUCCGGAAGCUUACUAUAGAACUUAAAUAUAUUGUUAAAAGUGAAAUUGUUGUUCUGU